AUGCCAUUGAAUCGUCGUGUGGCUCCCGCCCCUGAAGAUUCAUACAGUGACGACGACUCGUCCGGCACAGGUGUACAGGUUUCUAUACCUUCCACCUCGAGCCACGAAUACCAGGACUACGAAGUUGGAGGGCCUUGGUCUCACCUCCAGUACCCAGACGAACUAAAGCCGUCAGACUCCGCUUCAAGGCCACGCACCUCAAAUAGACUGCGCGAGCCCGUCGAUCCUCGACCAUCCCGCCAUCGUUCUUCAAGGCGGCACCAGCAAGAGCUACAGCAUCAACACCAGCAUCAGCAUCAGCGCCAGCAACCUCGUGCGCAUCCACACGCGCACCAACACCCUCAUCCCCAGGUUCAACAAGUCCACGCCGUGCCUUCCCACAGGUCAAGACGACCUCACGCCCGAGCGGCACCUCCACAGCCGCCUCCGGUCCCCGUAUCUCCUGAACCAGACUCCUCCGAAGAGGAAGAGGAGGAGGAGGAAGAAGAAGAAGAGGACGAGGAAGAAGACGAAGAGGACGACGAGGACGACUAUCUGGACUACGCUCCAAACCCGGCAGACAGACGCUUCUGGCCAGCUCCGCCAACCCAGGGUCCAGCCUCGUCCGCUCCGUCGUUCAACCCUUACCCGCAGCAGCAGCAGCAGCAGCAGCCUCCGCAACCCCCGUCCUUCUCCCAGCCGCAACAUGCUCAUGCAGCCCAUCCUGGAGUACCUUCAAAUCAACUUGUUCAAUUGGGAUCCAUGGGCCACCAGAACCCUAUAGGAGGACACAUGGGUCAAUACUCGCACCAGCAAUACCCCUACGGCGGGCACUACCCGCCUCCCCCGCAGGGGCACCACCAACAACUCCCUCACGGAUACUACGCCGGCCAGGAUGGCCUACCACAUCCGCACCACCCGCAUGCCGCUCAACGUAUGCCACUUCACCAUCCCCACCACCCACCGCAUCACCCGCAUGCUCAUCUUCCCCGACACCGAUCGCGCAGCGGCUCCCCAGACGAUGAAGAGGACUCGCCAAAACCUACCAUGGCUCACCCAGUCAUGAGCCACCCACCGUCUUUUCCUGGCACACCGCCUUAUAUGUCCCCGGAAAUGGUACCGUACGGCUACCCGCACGCUCUUCCCCACCAUCCCAUGCUACACGGACCCGGACAUCCGCAUGCUCAGGCCCAGGCCCAGGCCCAAGCCCAGGCUGCCGCCGCCGCUGCUGCUUACUACCAAUAUAUCCAACGAUACCCUCAUAUACCUCCGUCUAUGUUCCCGCCCCCGCCCUUCUUCCAGAUUCAGGGUCGCGAACCGAGCCCAGCAAAGAAAGAAAAGAGUCCCAGCCCGCCUCCGCCGGCCAAGUCGCCAACACCGCCUCCUCCGCCUCCUCCUCCACCACCACCUCCUGCUCCCGUGGAGCCCCCACCUCCGGAUCCAAAGGAUGAAGCAAUCGCUCGACUUGAGAAGUUGAUCAUCGAAGAGCGAAAGGAAAGAGAAGAGCGCGAUGCUGCCCGUGAAGCUGCCAUAAAGAAAGCAGCCGCCGACAAAGCUGCAGCAGAAGCUCUGGCCGCCAAGGAGAAGAAAAUCGCUGCUGAAGCCGCUGCCGCUGCCACCGCAGCUGCAAAGGAAGAAGCCAGACUUGAGGCAGAGGCUGCCAGACUUGAAGCAGAAGCUGCCGCUGCCGCCGCUGCCGCCAAGGCCAAAAAGGAAGCCGAGGAUGCUGCCGCCGCUGCAAAGAAAGAGGCUGAAGAAGCUGCUGCCAUUGCCCUAGCGGAGGCCACGGCUGCUGCCAUGGCGGCGGGAGAUGCCAAGGCCGCGGAAGCAGCUGCAGCAGCAACAGAGGCUGCUCUCAAGAAACCACCACCGCCAAAGAAGCCUGUUCAAUUCAAGGAUGCUAUAGGUAGAAAGUUCAAGUUCCCCUUUGCCCUAUGCAAAACAUGGCAGGGAAUGGAAGAACUCAUCCGCCAGGCUUUCCUGCACGUCGACCUGAUCGGCGAACACGUCGUGAAUGGGCACUACGACCUGGUUGGCCCCAACGGAGACAUCAUCCUUCCACAGGUCUGGGACACAGUUGUUGAGCCCGACUGGUCGGUAAGCAUGCAUAUGUGGCCUAUACCCGAAAAACCCAAGGAGCCGGAGCCAGAACCCACACCGCCUCCUCCACCGCCGCCAGAGGAAGAACCGCCCGUUGUAGUUGUGGACGUUCCACCACCGCCGCCGCCACCGGCACCUGCCCCAAAGAAGGUGGUGCGUCCUGGUGCACCAGGAGGGUUCGCCAAAUGGAUGACAGGAGGAAAAGUCAAGCCUCGGCCAAACCCGAAGGCUGCUAAGAAGCCGGCUGAUGCUGGUGGUCCGCCGCCUCCACCGCCGCCUCCUCCUCCUCCUCCGCCAUAG